CUAUCGGGCGGGGGGGAUUGGGUGGAGUUAAGCGUGCGAGAAGCGCGAAACCUGAUGGGCCUAGUGCGCAGGCGUCUUAACGGUUUCCCGCGACCCAAGUGCUAACGCUUUUCUAGUCCGAGAUUGAAGUGUUGCUCCGGUGUUGGGUUCGUCCUAGAAGGUCGAAAAAGCAGAAACUGAGGAGGAGUGAUCUUCUUUGCAAACCCCGGCUUAUCUUCCUCCAGUUCUGGAAGCGGCGCGUCUCCUGGCAGGCCAAAGGGCGAGUCUUCGGAACUGGCGGUAGGCACUGAGAACUACCUCGCUCCUGCCCGAGCUAUCUCUAGUGGACCCCGACCUGGAGGCCUUAUCCGGUGGAGCCAUCGUGUUGGUAGGAGAGUUUGUUAAGUUCUGUGCUAGCCAACUCCUGCGGAAGCGCGAGUUGCAUUGAUGGUCGAUUUUACGGGACAAUUCUUUCCGGGGACACCUGUCAGGCACAGGGUAGGGCCCGGGCUUUUCCCGGCCCUAGAGACACUUGGCCAUCUCGUUGCUGGAGAAUUGGAGAUUGAAAGUUUUGUAGCUCUAGCAGUGUGACACUGGGCAAGUCACUUAAUCCCAUUUGCCUAGCCCUCUCCAGUCUCCUGCCUUGGAACCAAUACUUAGUAUCAUUCCAAGACGGAAGGAAAAUGGCAACUGGGCAGGAGCGUGUGGUUGCCCUAGUGGACAUGGAUUGUUUUUUUGUACAAGUGGAACAGAGGCAGAAUCCACAUUUGAGAAACAAGCCUUGUGCAGUUGUGCAGUACAAAUCAUGGAAGGGUGGUGGAAUAAUUUCAGCCAGUUAUGAAGCUCGUGCAUUUGGAGUUACUAGGAGCAUGUGGGCAGAUGAUGCUAAGAAGCUUUGUCCAGACCUCCUCAUAGUACAAGUUCGUGAGACCCGUGGGAAAGCUAAUCUUGCCAAGUACCGGGAUGCCAGUGUGGAAGUGAUGGAGGUGAUGUCUCGUUUUGCUGUGAUUGAGCGUUCCAGCAUCGAUGAGGCCUACGUAGACCUAACUAGUGCUGUUCAAGAAAGACUGCAAAAGCUGCAAGCUCAGCCUGUCACAGCAAACUUGUUGGCAAGCACCUACAUCCAGGGCUUUCCCCAUGGCACUAGGGCCUUGGAGGGGCCUAUUCAAAAAGAAGAAAUACGACAGCAAGGAGUAAUCCAGUGGCUUGAGUCUCUUCCCGUUGAUGACCCCAGCUCUUCAGACUUACGGCUUACUGUGGGAGCAGUAAUUGUGGAGGAAAUGAGAGUAGCUAUAGAAAAACACACUGGUUUUCAGUGUUCAGCUGGGAUUUCACACAACAAGGUACUGGCCAAACUAGCCUGUGGAUUAAAUAAACCCAACCGCCAGACUCUGGUGUCACAUGGAUCUGUCCCACAACUCUUCAGUCAUCUGCCUAUUGGUAAAAUCCGUAAUCUUGGAGGAAAGCUGGGGGCUUCUGUUAUUGGUACCCUAGGGGUGGAGUAUAUGGGUGAGCUAACCCAGUUCACCGAACUCCAGCUCCAGAGUCAUUUUGGGGAAAAAAAUGGAUCCUGGCUGUAUGCCAUGUGCAGAGGGAUUGAACAUGAUCCAGUAAAACCCAGGCAAUUACCCAAGACCAUUGGCUGUAGCAAGAAUUUCCCAGGGAUAACAGCUCUGACUACUCAGGAACAGGUAAAGUGGUGGCUCCUACAGUUAGCCCAGGAGCUAGAAGAGAGACUGACCAAGGACCAAAAGGAUAAUGACAGAGUAGCCUUACAGCUGGCAGUUAGCAUCCGAAUACAAGGUGACAAACGUCUUAGUAGCCUUCGACGCUGCUGUGCCCUGGCCUACUAUGAUGCCCACAAGAUGAGCAGUGAUGCAUUUGCUCUUAUCAGAAACUGUAAUACUGCUGGAAUUAAGACUGAAUGGGCUCCUCCCCUGACUAUGCUCUUCCUUUGUGCCACCAAGUUCUCACCUUCUGAUCCAACAUCUUGCACAGACAUCACCAGCUUUGUGAGCAGUAACACAUCACUUCAGAAGUCGGAUGUUGCCAGCUCAAAUGCUAAGGUUCUGGGAAACAGCCCAGAGGUGGUGGCUACCAAGAGAGCCACCAGUUCUCUGGAGUUGCUUUUCCAAAAGGCUGCAGAGAAGCAGAAAGCCAAAGAGGCUUCCAUCCCACCUUCUGCUACCCCUCAGGUCCUUGCAUCCAGCUCACCAUCCAAAUCUUCUUUACAAUUUUGUUGCAAUAAAAGAAGUGAAAUGGAACCCUUCUUUAAACAAAAAAAUUGGGAAGUCCAAACACAUCCACAGCUUCCUAAUGGCUUUUCUGCUCCUCUCCCUCCACAAAAUUCACUGCCUAUGGCUGAAAACAUCAUCAGGAACCAGUUUUCCCCAAAUCAUGAUGAUGUCCUAGAACCUAAACCCUCUACAACUCCUGUAACAGUUUUGGCCCAGAGUGGACCAAGUGAACCAAGAAGACUUAAUUCUCUUCUCGACAGUGCUGUUAAGGUAGCUACUAGUGUUCCACUUUUUCCAGAUGCUGAGGACCAGCUGUGCUGUGAGAAGUGUGGCUCUUUGAUUUUAGUGUGGGAAAUGCCUGAACACAUGGACUAUCACUUUGCAAUGGAACUCCAAAGAUCAUUCCUGGGACCCUGUUCUCCCAAGCCUCCAGUUGUCCCUCCUACCUCCCCUUCUCAGGCUAAAAGAAGUCCCAAGAGCCCAUUGCCUUCAAGUGCCAAGCGCCUCAGGCCUGAAGGUACCAGAACAUUGGAGUCAUUUUUUAAGCCAUUAUCACGAUAGCACUGACACAGGGCUUAUGCUAUAGGAUUUUGACAUUUUUAUCUGAAAUCCUAGAAACAAAAUUUUACAUGUGUCUUUUCAAGGGAAAUAAUAAAUUUUUGUCAAUUAUUUUUAUUUUUGUAACCCCACAUGAUGAUCCUAGCAUCCUUGCAUGAUGCCUUUUUUGUAACUGAUGGGUGUUUUAUAAAUGCAGGGAUACUUAGAUAAGGUGGCCCUAACAUUCAUAGGAAUGUUAUAACCAAACACCACAGUAAUGAAUUAAAUUUUUGAAACCUUACUAUAGUGUAGUUUGGCAGAUUUCUUGCUUGUAAUACUUUUUAUUUAACUAAUUUGCCCUUUGAAAAGUUAUUUACUAGAACCAAUUAAUGGCAGUAGACAGAGUAACUCUAUAGUACCUGGACUAAUUGAUGACAAGUAUGAAUUUAACAAUGAUUCUUCUCCUUAGCCUACAUUGUUAGGGCUUUCCUUAACUGUACUUAGGUACAGUGGAUUUACUGGGACAAGUCAGGAAUUGUAGCCUGUUAGAGAAUAAAUUUUAAGGUAGUAUGCCACUCAGUCUGGACAGGAAGUCUGGUACAUCCUCCACCCUAGAUAAAGAAGCUGAAUCCCAGUGAUAGGAUGCCAAAGGCCAAGCCUGGAAAGGACAGCUGUACUUUUUCUCAAAUUCCUAAGUGAAAGGAAGUGAUGAAUUUGAAGCUUAAAAGGUUUGGAUCCAGACCCCACUUUUGGGUGAUAUUAAGAAAAAUCAUUUAACCUCAGGGUCUUGGGUUUCUCAACUGUAAAAUGAAGGGAUUAGACUAGAUGGACCCCAGGUCCCCCUUGGAGUAUUCAAUUUAAAUGCUUAUCCUAGUCAUCCCAGUCACCUCCCAACUUAGGGCAGUUAAUAAGAAACUGAUUAUAUAAUAGACCUAUUCACAUUCGGGAUACUAACACACCUUGCUUUCCCUUAUGCCUUUGCUUAAGCAAUUCCUGUUUAGAAUUUUCUCUCCAACUCAUUAAAAUUUCUCCCAUUUUGCUCUUAUUAAUGAUUUCACUAGCUUUAUAGCUCAGUUUGCAGAAUUAGAUAUAAUGUUUCAAGGAGCCUGGCAUAUGUAUGCAGCAAAAUGAUCUUUUUUAAAAAGUUGUAUGAUUUGUAAAGACUUAAACAGUAUUUAUAAUUGACUCAAAUUAUCUGGCUAAUGCUAGUGGCUCACUUGUGACAGGAAGGUUAGGAAACAUUGUUUUCCUAUUCUCUGAAGUGAUAAAACUGGUCAUGUUUCUUAAAUAUGCAAACGUGUCCCCCCAAGUUAUACCUAUCCUUUAAGCCUUGUGUCAAUCGGCUUUAUAGGAAAUUCUUUACAAUAAAUACUGUUUGAAUUGAAA